UCAGACGAUGCGUUGCACACUGCUGAAAAGUAAAAUUUUUUGAGUUUCAUUAAAAUUAUUUAGUUAUAGCUGUAAAUAUUUAGUAUUUAUAAUUUAUAAGUACUACAACAUGAACUAAUACUUUUUCUAGUGAAAUUCAAUAUAAUGUGCUUUUAUUUGUUAUUUUUUGUUUAAUGUGAUACAUUGAAAAUGACUGAAAACUCAUCAUCGAAGAGUGAGUUAAAAAAGCUAUCGGAGGAGAGUCUCACUCGACAGCCAGAAGAAGUCUUCGAUAUUAUUUGCAAGCUUGGAGAAGGGUCCUAUGGCAGCGUUUACAAGGCGUUACACAAGGAGAGCGAGCAGGUGCUUGCUAUCAAGCAGGUGCCGGUGGACACGGACCUGCAGGAGAUCAUCAAGGAGAUCUCUAUUAUGCAGCAAUGCGACAGCCCCUACGUAGUCAAGUACUAUGGCAGUUACUUCAAGAACACGGAUUUGUGGAUUGUUAUGGAAUACUGCGGUGCCGGCUCUGUGUCAGAUAUUAUGAGGUUACGGAAGAAAACACUCUCAGAGGAUGAAAUAGCGACCAUUUUGUGUGAUACGUUGAAAGGUCUAGAGUAUCUUCACCGCCGAAGAAAGAUCCAUCGGGAUAUCAAGGCGGGAAACAUUUUACUCAACAUGGAGGGCCACGCUAAAUUGGCUGAUUUCGGUGUGGCCGGACAGUUGACGGAUACAAUGGCGAAACGUAACACAGUAAUUGGUACGCCAUUUUGGAUGGCACCGGAAGUGAUACAGGAGAUCGGAUAUGACUGCGUGGCCGAUAUCUGGUCUUUGGGUAUCACCGCUCUAGAAAUGGCCGAAGGAAAACCGCCGUACGGUGAUAUUCAUCCCAUGAGGGCUAUUUUCAUGAUACCAACCAAACCUCCACCGUCUUUCAGAGAGCCAGACAAAUGGUCCCCUGAGUUCAUAGAUUUCGUAAGUCAGUGCCUUGUGAAGAACCCCGAAGAUAGAGCCACGGCAGAAUACCUAUUGACACAUGAGUUUAUAGGUAAUGCCAAACAGCCUCACAUCCUGAGUUUGAUGAUAGCGGAAGCGAACGAAAUCCGCGAGAGUCAAGCUUACAGGACCGCCAUGAAUGCCUCCAACGCCAAGACAUUUGCGGCCAGUGGCUGCGCAGGCGGCGCUUCGUACAACUCGGACACGAUGAAGCAGGCGAGUGGGACAUUGGUUCCCGCGAGAGAUGGCACCACCGAACUCGCAGCCGGGUUGGCCACUAUGGUCAUCAAUGAACAGGACCUGGCCACUAUGAAACGCCACGAUACAGACCCAAUGGACACGAAUAAGCCGAAAUAUCGGCCAUUAUUUCUCGAGCACUUUGAGAAGAAAGAGGUCAAUCACCUCAAUAUGGCUGCACCCAAUGGGACGCUUACCGCCCAUGUACGACUGCCUGAAGCGGAUCCCAUUAGUACGCAAGUGGCAGAGGUGUGUGGCGCGGCAAGCGUGGGUGCAUUAAUCGAGUCUGGGAACUUCGAAUUCGUAAGUCAACUCCACGUCGUCACUCUAUUGCCUCUGCGCGCGCCCCUUAUCGUACCUGUCGGAGGGCGAAUUGGAGACGCUCCAAGCUCGCCUGGACGUGGAAAUGGAAGGCGAAAUCGAGCGGCUUCACGCCCUAUACGACCGCAAACGUCGGCCCAUAUUAGACGCGAUAACCCUCAAACGCAAACGUCAGCAGAACUUCUAGCCCCGCUUACUUUGUACACACGACAUCAUUGAAUGAAAAGUUUCCCAUGGGAUCAGAAUAUCUGUGUGUAUACACCCAACGGAUCGAGACUUUACAUUUUACAUUGAGGAUUUGUCGUAUUCGCUUCUGUAGAAGACAUAAAUUCGACCUCAAAGAUACCAAGACUAAAUGUAAAGUAAAUUCUCCUAAAACUGUCCGAAAGUCGUGAAAUUUCAUUCAGUGACGUCCUGCAUAUCCCCCCUCCCCCACAUUGUCUAACUGAAAUCGGAAAUCUAAUGAAUGAAGAUCCCUACUAAACUUUAUCAGAAAUCUCGCAAACGGAUUAAGAUCUUCAAUCUUUAGAUUUUGCAUUGUUUCGGUUGGUACGUUAUGAAUUAUGAUUAUCCCUGUGAAGCUUCCCUUCGGAAGUUAAUUUUUAAUUACUAUGAUCAGUUUUUUGAUGUAAACUGUCAUUUUAUAAUUCGAUGCGUUUUUUUUUAAAUAAAAAACGACCAUUGUUAUAAUUAAUUGAAUUGGUGAUUAUCUGUAUUGGUCUAAAUUGGUGCUUUUUAUAUCAUGAAGGUGCCAAACGCGAAGAAAUCUUCGUUCCUCAUUCGUACCUUUCAAAAUUAAGGCCAAAAUAUUUCGGCAAAUGCAUUUUAUGUCUCAAAGGGUUCGCCCUUAGUAUUAAUGUAGGUUAAGUUGUUACUUAGUAGAUUUUGAAUAAGGACGCCGAAACAUAUCCUCGUAGUGUCAACCUUUGUCCGCUAGAUGGCUCUGAUAACAACUUGGAAAGAGAUGGAAAAUUUUCAACGUCGAAUUCCCUUUUCCAGCUAAAUGCUAGUUUUUUCAUUCAUCGUAUUUAAGGUGCUAGAUGAUAUGUUCAAUAAUAAACGCGCUGAAUACGUUUUCUAUUUCUAGUUUGAAGAGUCGUCCUGCGGAAGAAAGGAAAAUAUACGUUUUUGUAGUAUAUUAUAGAUACAUGACAAUAUUGUAGUUUACGCGUCGGUUUUUCCCGAUUCCUAUGUAUCACUCAACUAAUUCUUUAUGAGCGUAUAUAUUAUAAAGUACGCGUGCGCCGUAUAUAUACACGUAUGAACGUACGAAUAUAUUAGUCUCAACUCCGCAGUUUAAUUGAUAACCAACUGGUUUAUAGAAAUGCUUGAAUUUCGUUUUUUUUCACAAAUAACAAGAGAUGCAAUAUGUCUCUCGCCCCAUAGAACUAAUGACUUCGUCGUGUAGUUCUACGUCCAGUUCAUAUCUAUGAUAUUUUUCAUAUAAAAUAACAUAGGAAUCGGCGAAGUAACGUUCUGCAUUGCAGUUGUUUCUUUAGUUAUUAGUUCCUUUUAUUUGGAUCUCAACGUCUCAAUUAGGGUAACGAAAGAUUCAACAUUCGUACAAUCACCGUUAUCCUAUAAGAUAUAUUAUAUGACUUCAGUAGUGGGUUGUGAGAUUCAGAAUCUAUUGUAAAAUUUAUUGCAGUUAACACACAUUAGUGUUUGAAACGAUUUUGUACAGAGAUAACUUUUUAUCGAAAAUAGUUUGAAAGCUUUGACUAGCGUAUUUUUCCCUUACAAAUCCGCUUGUACAAAAGCGCAUCACGCCUUCAAGAUUAUACGAUAAAUAGGAUAGUUAGAAGUGCCAUUAAGUGUAAAUUCAUAGUAUUUUCGUACUUUGAGCGAUAGAAAUAAUUUUAGAUGAUGUUUUCUUUAGCUGAAGUUUAGUGCCAUGCGCUUUUUCUGUUCGGAGAUCAUGUUAUUUUGAUAAAAACGUACACGAAUUGGCCUACAGUAAAAAUAUUUUUUCUAUAACUUUUACAGGGUAGUUAAAAAAACAUCAUUUUUUUUGUACGUGAUUCGCUGUUGAUCUUUGAAUUGUCAAUAACGGCGAUCUAAGUUAACCCUUAUAUCCCAUUCGAAUAUUCAUUCGGAAUCUUGAUGAUGAUCGGUGAUGCCUUGGAGUAAAACCAUUGUUACUGUGACUUGCACCGGAAACAGCUUUUUUUACAACUUUAUAUAAAAAGUAUUAAAGUUUAUAGAUUUUCUUUGGCGGCUGCAGGUCACAUCGCUUUGAAAAUUUAUUUGGUAGGUAAUAUGAAGGUGGAAACUGGCAGAUUAACACGAGAUUUUUCUAUUUUAAAUACAUUAAUUGUUAAGGAAAAUGUGAUUCUAUGUAAUCAAUGUUCUGAUGAAAUAAAAGUAGAGGUACUUGUAGGUUUAAAUAUAUUUUCAGAGUUGUAUGUAAAAAACAUUGCAUAUUAUUUUCAAUAAAAUAAAACUAAAACUUGUCUCGUGAAAGUCUUCAGUUUUAUAUCUGAAAAGAUCCGAUGAAAAUUUGUUUUAAACCAUAACUUUUCCCAGUUACACUAGUAGAAUUAGUAAUGUUCAAAUAUUAUGUUACUGCUGUAUAUUUUUGGAUGAUCGACUCACUGAUUAAAAUAUUAUUGAUA